UUUAUGUUUUCAUAUUAAUUUUAAGAGAUUGAAUAAUUUGCGUUUAUUAUACUAUAAUUAAUUAAUAAUGUGGGUGGAGGGAGGAGAAAUAUUGGACAAUGAAAUUCUCCAUUCAUCAUCAGUGAAAAUAAUUGCAUGAUGAGUAAUAGAUAUACACACAAUAAGGCAAAUUAUAAGCAGAGAUGAAUACUUUUCUUGCAUUACUUAUCGACAGUAAUUCAUGUAGCCUCUUCCCUACUUUUGCAUGGUAUAUGGGAUUGAGUAGAUCAUGGAAAAGCAGCCAUUUUCCUCAAUUUCACAAGUGAACAAUGCAAAUUUCCAAGCUGUUUACACAUUUUCACAUACCCUUUCAAUUUAUUUCAAUUUCUGCAAGCCUUUUCCCAUUUUUACAUAAUUUUUCAAGAUUUUCAAAAUAAUUUCGAAAGUUUUCAUCAUGGCGGAUUCCACUAGGGACGUAGUGGUGAUAAAUAGGCUAAAUUACUUCAAAAUCCACCCAUUUUAUACCCUCCAUCUCUGAUUUUUACAUGUCAUGCAAUUCCUUCCUCUUCUCUUGAACUUGAAAUGUUAUGCGACUGAUAGUUUCUCCAUUUCAAGCUAAUUUUUCCAAAUUUUGACCCGCAAUAAUACGGCGCUAUCAUGCCUCGAGCCCCGAGUUCAUGUGAAGGACAAGAGCAGCAGAAUUUGUCGUCUUGUGAAGAGAAGAGAGGAGAGAAUUGCAUCCACCAUUUUAGCAGUUUGUUGAGCUUCAUGUUCUGGCUACGAAACCCAGCCCAUUGCACAGAAAGCCACGAGAGAGCUUAGAAUUUCUAACACGUUCUGUAUCCAUCCCAUCCAUGCUGGCCAAGCGGCGACAGGUUGAAGCGAGAGUCGACUCACUACUGCUGCGUAACCCAGUUUAGCCGUAGCACCACCACUCAACUCCACCGUCACCAACAGCAAUACGAGUAGUAGCAGCAGAGUAAUGGUCGUCUUCUCCUCUCUUUCUCCCAAUAUAUUAAAUCCAUCAGCAAGAUAAUAUAUUUGACCUUAACAAUUGACACCCAGUGACCAUAGUUCAACCUGUGUCUCAACACAAUGAGUCCCCCCACUGGUGGUGGGGAUGUAGAGAAGGAAAAACAUAGCAAGGGUGAUAGUGGAGUGGAAAAUAACGAGUCUGAAAAUAGUUCGACAUCUGAUAAUUCUAAGGAUGACGAUGAAGACGACGAUAGUGGGAGUGACAGCUCUUCCGGUUCUUCGGCGUCAGGGUCAGAACAAGUCAGUGAUGAGGAAGACGUAGACAAAGUUGACGAGGAUGACGACGACGACGUCAACAAGUCCAGAGAACAGAGUGACGAUGAAGAAGAUGAUGAAGUAAAGUCGUCCAGAUCGAGGUCCUCUGCAGGGUCCAGGUCAGAGUCAGAAGGGUCCAGGUCAAGAAGUAGGUCGAGGUCUGGCUCCAGAUCGUCGUCAAGUUCAAGUCGCUCAGGAUCUCAUUUAAGUGACAGCGACAUUGCCAAGAGAAAGAAAGAGGCAGAAAAGUUUUGGGAGGAUGAUCCUGAAUUUUACGGAAUAAGGAGAUCACAUCGACCACGUGUUGAACCCAAACCCCCCAAAUUACAAUCACAAGCUGGGAGUAAACGGGGAUCACCUUCUGGAAAGAAACAUGGUGCAGGUAAAGCGAAAAAGCGAAAAAUGUCCUCAGAUGAAGAUGAAACUUCAGAUGAAGAUCACUCCAGAACUGUACGAAAAAGAAAUACCAAGGCGUCAGUUAGUUAUAAAGAAGCAGAGAGUGAGGAUGAGGGAGAUUUGUUGACUGACAACGAAGAAUCCGAUGAUACUCAACAGCAAAAUGGAGAACAAGAGCCGGAAGAACAUGUAGAAACUAUUGAAAGGGUUAUGGAUUCUAGAAUGGGAAAACGUGGAGUCACUGGUAGUAUCACAACUAUUUACUCGGUUGCUGAAAAAGGAGAUCCUAAUGAUCCUGCAACGCCGAAAUCUGAAUUGGAAAAGCAAUUCUUUAUAAAGUGGACUGGAUGGUCCCACUUACACAAUACAUGGGAAUCAAUAGAUACGCUAACAGAAUUAAAAGUCAAGGGGCUGAAAAAAUUGGACAAUUUCUGCAAGAAAGAAGAUGAUCACAAUUGGUGGAAAUCUAGAGCCACUCCGGAAGAUGUAGAGUAUGUAGAAUGUCAAUUGGAGUUGCAACAAGAACUAGUUAAAAGCUAUGUUUAUGCUGAGAGAGUCAUUGCUGAACAAACUAAUGCCGAAGGAAUUAAAGAGUAUUAUGUAAAAUGGGAGAGUCUUCCAUACUCUGACGCUACUUGGGAAAGUGCUGAUUUAAUUAAAAAGAGAAAUCCAGAAGCCAUUAAGGAUUUUAAACGACGAGAAGCAUCAAACAGGACCCCAACAUCGUCGUCGAAAUUUCUUCGAACUCGACCCAAAUUCUCCCAAAUUAAGUCUCAGCCAGAUUAUUUAUCCGGAGAAACUUUGGAUUUGGUUCUCCGAGAUUAUCAAAUGGAUGGGUUGAACUGGUUAGUUCAUUCUUGGUGCAAAGAAAAUUCAGUAAUCUUGGCAGAUGAGAUGGGACUUGGAAAAACUAUUCAAACCAUUUGUUUCCUGGCCUAUUUAUUCGAGCAUUAUAAUUUGUACGGCCCCUUCCUUCUAGUCGUUCCUCUGUCAACGAUGACAGCCUGGCAGAAAGAGUUUUCCCAGUGGGCACCUCAAAUAAAUGUAGUGACAUAUUUGGGGGAUAUUCCUUCUAGAGCAAUUAUUCAAGAAUUUGAGUGGUUUUUUAAAGGAACUCGUAAACUCAAGUUCAAUGCAAUCUUAACUACAUAUGAAAUUGUACUGAAGGACAAACAGUUUCUCAGUGAAGUUUCAUGGGCAGCACUUAUGGUGGACGAAGCUCAUCGACUGAAAAAUCAGGAUGCACUUUUAUACAAGGCAUUAGUUGAUUUUGAUUCUAAUCAUAGAUUACUAAUUACUGGAACGCCUCUUCAAAAUUCGUUAAAAGAACUCUGGUCUCUCCUGCAUUUUAUCAUGCCUCACAAGUUUGAUGACUGGGAUUACUUUCAAAAGGAGCAUGAUCACUCUGCCACAAAAGGAUAUACCAGACUUCACAAACAAUUAGAACCCUAUAUUUUGAGGCGAGUGAAGAAAGAUGUAGAAAAGUCUUUGCCUGCAAAAGUAGAGCAGAUCCUUAGAGUUGAGAUGACCAUCAUGCAAAAGCAGUACUACAAAUGGAUUCUAACCAAGAAUUACACUGCUCUCAGAAAAGGAGCGAAGGGCAACGUUGGAUCUUUUAUAAACGUUGUAAUGGAAUUGAAAAAGUGCUGCAAUCAUGCCACCUUAAUCAAGCCAUUCGAACAAGGUGGGGGAGACUCUGUGUCACAACUUAUCAAAGGCAGUGGAAAAUUGAUGCUGUUGGACAAGCUCCUCGUUCGUCUUAGGGAUACUGGACAUCGCGUUCUAAUAUUUUCUCAAAUGGUCAUGAUGCUUGAUAUAAUUGCCGAAUACCUCCAAAUGCGAAGAUUCCCUUUUCAAAGACUUGAUGGAUCUAUCAAAGGGGAUAUGAGGAAACAGGCACUGGAGCAUUUUAACGCAGAAGGAUCUCAAGAUUUUUGUUUCUUACUUUCUACUCGAGCUGGAGGAUUAGGAAUUAACCUCGCCACCGCUGAUACAGUCAUCAUCUUUGACAGUGAUUGGAACCCCCAAAACGACUUACAAGCUCAAGCCCGUGCUCAUCGUAUCGGUCAAAAAAAUCAAGUCAUGAUUUAUCGUUUGGUAACUAAAAACUCUGUCGAGGAAGAUAUUGUGGAAAGAGCCAAGAGAAAAAUGGUUUUGGAUCAUCUUGUCAUCCAAAGAAUGGACACUACGGGAAGAACCGUUUUAGAUAAAGGCUCGAAAGCUAAUAAUCCAUUUAACAAGGAUGAACUUACUGCCAUCUUAAAGUUUGGUGCUGAAGAGUUAUUUAAGGAAGAUGAAAACGAGGGGGAUGAUAACUGUGAUAUCGAUGAAAUUUUAAGACGGGCAGAAACCCAUGAAGAAGCUGCACGACCAGGUGACGAACUUUUGUCCGCCUUUAAGGUAGCAUCAUUCUCUGUCAACGAGGAUGAAGAAGUACCAGAAACCCCAAGCAGUUCAAAUACUCAGGAUUCUCAAAACAUGGAGUGGGAACAAAUUAUUCCAGAAGACUUGAGAAAGAAGGUAGAAGCAGAGGAAAAAGAAAAAGAGAUGGCCGACUUGUUUCUUCCACCUCGUUCUAGCCGAAACAAUGCCACUGCCGCCACGGCAAAGGGCCAGUCAUUAGGAAAUGAAGCUUUAAAUAGAAAGGCCAAGAGCAAAAAACGGAAACGUGGUGCGGAUAAGGAAAGUGAAGAGUCAGAGUCCGAUGAUGAGGAGACUCCUAAAAAACGUGGACGACCAAAACAUGGCAAGGAUGGGCUCAAGGGAUUUACUGAUGGGCAAAUUCGAAAGUUCCUGAAAAGCCUCAAGAAAUUCCCAGCUCCACUUCAAAGAAUUGACAAAAUUGCUGACGAUUGUGGUUUGGUUGAAAGAAGUCACGCAGACUUGAAAAAGUUGGCUGAAAUGUUGUUGCGAGGAUGUGAGGGUGCAAUAGCUGAACAAAAAGCUCAUCCUCGUCUCAUGAUCAAAGAGGAACCACUAUCGACUCCAGCCGAAGGUGAAAGUGGCCUGGACACUACCAAGAAAACCUCUACCAAACCAAGAGAGAAGGGUCCAAUUUUUAAAGUCUGUGGUGUUGCAAUUAAUGCUCGAACCAUGUCCCUUGCUAUCGAGGAGUUGCAAGCCUUGGGCCAGUCUGUCCCAGUCGACGAGUCUGCCAGGAAGAAUUGGAAAUUUGAAGUCAGAACAAAAAAUUCUGGCUUUGAUGUGGAAUGGGGGGCAGAUGAAGACACUAGGUUAUUGAUUGGAAUUUGGGAGUUUGGAAUGGGCGCAUGGGAUAAGAUCAGAGAGGCGGAUCCAGUUCUCAAAGAAAAAAUAUUCCUUGAAGGAGACAAGAAGCCCUUGUUUAAAAACGUUGCCACUCGAGCAGAUUAUCUUCUCAGAGUUCUCAAAAAGCAUCAAGCCCUUGUUAAAUCAAAGCAGCCAAAACCAAAGAAAAAGAGAGAGGCAAAGGUCAAAAAGGAAGAUGGAGGAGUUUCUUCAACCACUGAUGGCGUCUCAUCGACCACUCAUGGGAAUGAAAAUGGUGCUGCUGCAAAAAAAGAUGGCAAGAAAGGCAAGCAAAAAACUAAAUCAAAGCGAGAACCGAAAAAGAAAAAAGAUGCGGGUCCCAUGCAUUUCGCUGCUCAAGCAGAACCAACACCAAUUGCAUUCCUUGGUGAAAUGGACCCUGUCAUUUUUAACGAAUGCAAAGAGAAAAUGAGACCGGUGAAGAAAGCUCUAAAAUCCCUCGAUAAUCCUGAUAAAGAUCUAUCCGAAAAAGAUCAAAUCCAGCAGACAAGAACCUGUUUGAUAGAAAUCGGACAGAGGAUCGAAGAAUGUUUGAAUACCUAUGCUGAUUCAGAACAGGCAAAAAUGUGGAAAAGUUAUUUGUGGUAUUUUGUAUCCAAAUUUACCGAGUUUGAUGCCAGACAACUCCACCGUGUUUAUAAGAGGGCUGUCAAAAAGGAGAAAGAGUAUUCGAAAGGGGAUAAACCACAUAAAGAGAAAAGUUCAAAGAAAGGUGAACGGAAAGAAAAGGAAAAGAAGAACAAGAAGCCUAAACAGCGUCGAGGAGACAAGAGGGAGGAAAACAAUCAGCCCAAUUUUCACGAAAACUCGAAUUCUUCGCAAGGCGAUUUUCACAAGAAAAAUACAUCUUAUAAAGAAUAUCGCGAAGAGAAAGAACGGAAAAAAUCACGGGACCCUAGGGAUCGUGAUAUCAACAGAUCUCGACAUGAAAAUAAUGCCUCAAUGAUGCAUGAGCAUGAAGAAUUCGCCCUCUGUCCUCCUGGAUCUUCCUUCAGUAAUACUGGUAGCAGUAGUGGCAGAGGAAAUAAGUAUGCUUCCUCCUCUGGCAUGCAAAACGGUCCUACAUCAUAUCCACAUGAUUCCUUUCAAAAUCAUUCUUAUCGAGGAGAAAGGGGAGAGAGAGCUCCUGGGGAUCCUAGGAGUCAAUCCGGUGAUCCAAGACGUUCUCAUAAACCUCACCACAACUAUGAUCGUGGAGCAGGUGGUGGUGGAAGAGGUUGGAAUGAUCAGUCUGAAAACAAUCGUUGGGACUCUGGUGCUACUGGGGGCGGAGGUUCUUCAUAUGGACCUAGACGAGGAGGAGGAGGCGGUGGUGGUGCCAUGAGCUCGGGAGGAGGAGAUAGUUCGUAUUAUGGCAGCGGCCGACCAAUGGUUCCUCCCCCUCCAACAAUUGGUGGUCUUUCGCCCUAUCAAGGCAGCACUGUUUCAACAAGCAGCAGUAGAAUAGCUCCUCCUAUUUCAAAAGAAGAAUGGAAAUCGUACAGACCAGGACCUAACGAUCCCCCACCAAGAUCGAAGCAACUUCCACCAAAUAACAUCAAUCGCAGAUACGAAGGGUCAUACGAUAAAUAUUGAUCCAAAGAGCGCAGUGCCAAUAAUAAUGAUAAUAUUUUAAUUACCACUCGAUACUUGGUUAAAAAUCAUUAAUUAUUAAUCUUGAUCUUGCUGUCUUUCUUUAAACCCUUUCUUUAAAUCCAGGUUUUCAAGCAUCUAUUGGGGAUGAGUUAUCGCGUUUAAAGAGCAACGUAUCGUAUGAUACACAAUAUCGUAUGAUAUUCUUAGUUAAGAUUAGUUAUUUAGAUUAAAUUGUUUACCUCGCACAAAUUUACGAAUACUUACAUUCAUCGCUAAAAUUAAUUCCUGUAAUGGUUAAUAGAUCGUUGGAAUUGUUACAAUUAUUGUUUUGUGGUCGAAUUUUACUGGCUGAUAAUAAAUUGAUUUUAUUGUUGUAAUAAUAA